GAGUGCACUUGAACGCAAAUACAAACGCGCGUCGAAUACGACCCAUUUCUUCUUCCCCAAAUUAACACAGAAACAAACCCUAAAAUCCCUAAACUUCAAAUUAUACCCGCAACCAAUCUUCUGAUCUCACUCUAAAUUCCUGCUGUCUCCGCCUUCAAUCAAUCAGAAUUCAUUCAAACAUCUCCUGAUCUGCACGUAAUUUCGUGUAUCCGCGGGGGAUCAACGCGAUAAAGUUUCAUGUAUCGGAUAUGAUGGACGAAAUAUGAACCGGUAUUGUGGUUAAGUUGUACACAAGCUAAGAUCUGUCACUGCGAAUAUGGAUGUCAAUACUGCCUCUGUGGCUUCUAAUUCAGAACCCCAAGACAAUAUAGAAUUUGAUUCAAAUGAAGCAGCUUACGAGUAUUAUAAAGAAUACGCGAAAUCAGUAGGUUUUGGAACCGCCAAACUGAGCAGUCGUCGUUCCAGAGCCUCAAAAGAGUUCAUUGAUGCUAAAUUCUCAUGCAUAAGAUACGGAAACAAACAACAAUCCGAUGACGCGAUUAAUCCAAGACCCUCACCUAAAAUCGGUUGUAAAGCGAGUAUGCACGUCAAGCGAAAACCGAACGGAAAAUGGUAUAUUCAUAGUUUCGUAAAGGAGCAUAACCAUGAACUCUUGCCAUCUCAAUCACAUUUUUUCCGAAGUCACCGGAAUUCCGACCCGCUUAAAAACGAUCCCAAGAUACGUAGAAAAACAAUAUUAGCAACCAUGUCGAAACAAUACGGCGUAUAUCAACCUACCGGCUUGGAGAAUUAUAUAAGAAAUCAAAACGACAGGGGUCGGUGUUUAACGUUAGAUGAAGGCGACGCUCAAAUACUUCUCGAACUCUUCGUUACAAUGCAGGAAGAAAACCCAAACUUUUAUUAUUCCGUGGAUUUAAACGAAGAACAUCAACUCCGAAACGUAUUCUGGGUCGAUGCAAAAGGCAUCGAGGAUUAUAAAAACUUUAACGAUGUGGUUUCUUUCGACACUAUGUAUUUCACAAACAAGUACAAAAUCCCGUUGGUUCUUUUUAUCGGAGUUAACCAGCAUUGUCAGCCCACAUUACUCGGGUGUGCGUUAAUCGCAGACGAAACGUUAUUCACGUUUGUUUGGUUGUUUCAAACAUGGUUUUUAGCGAUGGGUAGCCGGGCCCCGAGCGUAAUACUUACGGACCGAAGCAAUUCUAUAGAAGCAGCGAUUGCAGCGGUGUUUCCUGACACGCGGCAUUUUUACAAUCUCUGGAAUGUUCUAGAAAAGGUUUCGAGGCAGCUUGAUUGUUUGUACCCGUGGCACGAUACGUUCACGAAGAAAUUUAACAAGUGUAUACACCGGUCAUGGACCGAAGAAGAAUUUGACAAAAGGUGGGUUAAAUUAGUCGACAAGUUUAAUCUUAACGAAGACGCAUGGUUUCAAUCUUUAUACCAUGAUCGAAAACAAUGGGCCCCAACGUUUAUCAAGAACAUAUCGCUUGCUGGAUUAUACGCACCUUCUCGAUCAGAGAGCCCGAAUUCUUUUAUCGAUAAAUACAUUCAUUUAGAAACUUUUUUGCGAGAGUUUCUAGAACAAUACAAACUUAUGGUGGAAGAUUUGUAUGAAGAACAAGCGAAAUCGAAUUUUGACGCGUGGCACGACACACCUGAGUUGAAAUCGCCAUCACCGUUUGAAAAACAGGUGUCGUUUGUAUACACUCAUGAAAUCUUUAAGAGAUUUCAAGUUGAGAUUUUGGGGGCGUCUGCGUGUCAUCUUAAGAUCGACAAACAAGACGGAGAUUCGGUAGCGUGUACCGUAAAAGAAUUCGAAAGUGGUCAAGACUACAUGGUGGAAUGGAAUGGUUCACAUUUGGAUAUAUGUUGUUCUUGUCGUUCGUUUGAAUUUAAAGGCUAUUUAUGUCGGCAUGCGGUUGUCGUUCUACAAAUGUCGGGUGUUUGCAGUAUCCCGUUUAAAUAUGUGCUGCAAAGAUGGACAAAUGCAGCUACUAGCCGAUACCCUAUUAGUGAAAAACUGGAAAACGUACAAACGAAAACCAGACGGCUUAAUGAUUUGUGUCGUCGGGCUAUCAUUUUGGGGGAAGAAGGCUCGAUUUCGCAAGAAAGUUACAAAAUUGCGUUAGGUGCGAUUAAAGAUGCAUUGGCUCAAUGCACAAAUGUGAAUAACUCUGUUGCAAAUGAAGGCCCCGCAGUUUCUAAAGAACCCGCGACUAACUUAGAUGUGAAUCGUAUUACGCGAGCAGAGCCCGAGAAAGAAAAGUCAAACAGUAAUGGUACUGCAGUUAUGAACGAAAAGGUACCCGCACAACCAGAAGUUGUAAAUAUUGGGAUUGAUUCCAGUUUUCAUCAAAUGGAGCUUCCUAACGCGAGGCAUUUACAGUUGCAUAAUAUGAUGGCGCCGCAGUUGCAAGGUGUAGUACCAACAAUGUUCCACAAUGUAGCAUCUACACAGUUUCACAACGUAACUUCAGCACAAUUGCAGAAUUCUCGUCUGCCGCAUUAGAGUUAGAUUUUUUAAUUUUUUUUUUUUAAAAACAUAUAUAUGAUUGUGCAUUCUCUAUCAAUAGAAUUAGAUUUUUUUUCCUUGAGCUAAUCAUACAUUUUCACAUUCGAUCACAUUGUGCUGGUAUUUUGUAAUGUUAGGAAAAUACAGGACAAGUAUAUAGAGUCCUGAUUCAAGGUUAGAGCUCUUUUUUAUCCACUAUUGAUAUAUAUCUCUAUAUACAUA